AUGAGCACACUCGGCAAGCCGACUCUGCAUUAUCUCAACGAUUCCGCAUCACACCGAGUACUGUGGGCGCUGGAGGAACUCGGCGUUGAGUACAAUCUCGUGCUGCACCAACGGAUCAAAGGCCGUUCGCCUCCUGAACUCUUCAAGACCCACCCGCUUGGGAAAUCACCCCAGCUCGUGCUCGCUACCGGACGAGUUCUCAUCGAGAGCAGCAAUGUGAUCAAAUAUCUGCUCGAUACGUACGAUACCGAGGGAAAGUUUAGGGGCGACGGAGUACGGAACGAUGCCAUUCGAGAAGACGAGCUUUCAGACCUGGUAUCUUCGAGUAUGAAUGGUAUUAUGGGAACUGGUGUGAUCUUCCUCGCGUUGGCGCACGCUUCACCCUUCUUUGCCAGACCCAUUAUGAACGGGAUCUGGAAGGGUCUCCGCUCAGCUUUUUUCGAUGCCGAAGUCGAGAAAUUUCUCUCGUAUCUGGACGACCAGUUGAAGGGGCAAGAGUUUCUGAUGGGGGCCCUCCCUGGCCGACCAGAUUUCUUGCUUACAUUCGUCUAUGACAACUUCGAGCAGAGAAAGUUGAUCAAAACUCCUUCCAACUAUCCUUUGGUUCAGGAAUGGAGCAAGCGCUGCAAGGCACGACCGGCCUGGCAACGUAGUAUGGAGAAGGGCAACGGAUAUGACUGCUCCACGCUCGGAUUUUGA